CGUCAUCACACAGCUUUUUUCAGCUUCAAAUCACAUCACAUAGUUGCGCGCCAGGUCGCUGCAGCUUUUUGAUACCGCGUAUCCUCCAGCAACUUCCUACACAAAACCGCAACCAUGACUGAAGCCGUUGGUGAUUUCGGUCUCAUUGGCCUUGCGGUCAUGGGUCAGAACUUGAUCCUUAACGCCGCCGACCACGGAUUCACAGUUGUUGCUUUCAACAGAACUGUUGCCAAGGUUGACCGAUUCUUGAACGAUGAGGCCAAGGGCAAGUCCAUUGUCGGCGCACACUCCAUCAAGGAGUUCGUCGCGAAGCUCAAGAAGCCCCGCCGCAUGAUGAUGCUUGUCAUGGCCGGCAAGCCCGUCGACGACUUCAUCGAGCUCCUCUUGACCGAGGGUGGCGCCGAGGAGGGUGACAUCAUCAUCGACGGUGGAAACUCCCACUACCCCGACACAAACCGCCGUACAAAGUACCUUGCUUCGAAGGGCAUUCGAUUCGUCGGAAGCGGUGUUUCCGGAGGAGAGGAGGGCGCUCGUUACGGACCCAGCAUCAUGCCUGGUGGUAACGAGGAGGCAUGGCCAUACAUCAAGGAUGUUCUCCAGUCCAUCUCCGCAAAGUCCGACGGCGAGGCCUGCUGUCAGUGGGUUGGUGACGAGGGUGCCGGCCACUACGUCAAGAUGGUGCACAACGGUAUCGAGUACGGUGACAUGCAGCUGAUUUGCGAGGCCUACGAUAUCAUGAAGCGCGGUCUGGGCAUGAGCAACAAGGAGAUGGGAGAUGUCUUCACCGAGUGGAACAAGGGUGUUCUCGACUCUUUCCUGAUCGAGAUUACCCGCGACAUCAUGUACAAGAACGACGAUGACGGUGUUGCCAUUGUUGAGAAGAUCAUGGACUCCGCUGGCCAGAAGGGAACCGGCAAGUGGACUGCCAUCAACGCUCUCGAUCUCGGUAUGCCCGUCACCUUGAUCGGUGAGGCCGUCUUCGCUCGUUGCCUGAGUUCGCUCAAGUCUGAGCGUGGCCGUGCUGCUGGUCUUCUUGACGGACCUAGCCCCAGCUUCUCUGGAGACCGCAAGGCCUUCAUCGACAACCUCGAGCAGGCCCUGUACGCAUCGAAGAUCAUUUCGUACGCCCAGGGUUUCAUGCUGAUCCAGAACGCUGCCAAGGAGUACAACUGGAAGCUGAACAAGCCCGAGAUCGCGCUCAUGUGGCGCGGUGGCUGCAUUAUCCGAUCCGUCUUCUUGAAGGACAUCACAAAGGCGUACCGCGCCAACCCCGAGCUCGAGAACUUGCUCUUCGACGACUUCUUCAACAAGGCUAUCCACAAGGCGCAAUCCGGAUGGAGAGAUGUUGUUUCCAAGGGUGCUCUCUGGGGUAUCCCCACUCCCGCUUUCAGCACCGCGCUCAGCUUCUACGACGGAUACCGCGCCAAGGACCUGCCCGCCAACUUGCUGCAGGCGCAGCGUGACUACUUCGGCGCGCAUACCUUCAGGAUCAAGCCAGAAUGCGCCACCGAGCAGUACAAGGUGGGCCAGGACAUUCACGUCAACUGGACCGGACGUGGCGGCAACAUUUCUGCCUCAACAUACAACGCAUAGACGAGAUAUCCAUAGCUUUGUUGGACGAGGCGCCGCGCUACAUGAGCUUUACGCCUGAUUAAUGAAAUAUGUGGGCAAAGACAUAGCUUGAAUCUAGAAUGAAACCGAUUCACAGGACAAAUAA